CGUUCCACCGAGUCAGUUUGCUUCGUUACAGCGUGCCAAUCGGACGGAACGGCACCUUCGUCGUACGGAGGGAUUAGAGUAAAGAGUCCAGCAGUUCGGCGGAGUGUCUCGAGAUCGACGUUUCCCCGUUGUGGAGUGUGAUGUAGUUUCUGUGUGUAUCCCGCGCGCGUUUUGGAACUGUGCAGAGUGUGUAUCGAUUUAUUCAUCAAUUUAAUAUCUCCAUCAGUGCUGUGGUGGCGGUGGCGGCUGCUGCUGCCUUGAGAACCGCUAGAAUAGCUAGAACCGCCAGUCCAGUCACUGGAACGCGGACGGAGGAAAAAGGGCCAGGCCUUAGAGAGUUGGCCAGAUAUUUGCGUAUUCGCGCGUAUCCGACGUCUCGUCCGUCGCGACUUGUGCAAACCGGCGUAAAGUGAGUGUGUGUUUGUACGCAAAUGUGUGUGUUUGUUUGCCCUGGACCGCAAAGCCCCCGGGGAAGAAGAAAUCGAACCUGCCAACUACUGUUUUGGAGUGGCUGCUACCGUGAUUUUUCACGUCGCGCGACGGCUUACGCAUCGGCUUAAGCGGAAUUAGAGCGCCGAAGUCGUCCCCGUAUGCGAGUUUGGCUACAAAACACCGUUCAACCUUUGGAGCCGCUUUCCAGCAAGUGAGGAGGAGUGAUUUUCAUUGAUGGAGUUGAAUAAGAUUAACGCGCUUCUUGAAGCACAGUGAAGUUAGAUAGUUGGUAGUUCACUCCGGCCGCAGAUAAUAUGUAUUGCUGUGUGAAAAUGUCCCUACAAUUAGUGUUUUUCGGUGUGAUAUUGGUGUCUUCCGUGAGGCAGAUCGCCGCUGCAGAAUCCGUAUUGUCUGGCUUCAGAGAAGCCUGCACGAACGAAGGUGAAGAGGUCAAAAUCAACAUGGCAUGCUUCAGAUGCAUCUGCAAGAACAACUUUGUGGAAUGCGAACAAGAGAGCUGCCCUGCUGUUGAUGAUUGCUACUUUUACAACAAAAAAAUUCCUGGUCGGUGUUGUGAUAAAUGCAUAGGUUGCUUACACGAGGGCAGAAUGAUCGACAGUGGCACAGAAUGGACCGAUCCGGACGAUCCGUGCGAUCACUACAAGUGCGUGUCCGGAGUGGUCACUCGGUCGCGAAUAAAGUGCCACACGCCGUGCUCAAGUCCACUUCCGCUGAAGCACGGCCAGUGCUGCCCAAUAUGCUUAGGCUGCCAGCUGAACGGCCAACAGGUGACGGACGAGGCCACCCUGAGUGAGGACCCGUGCGUCAAGUGCACCUGCGACGGGCGCCGCAAGCUGACGUGCAUGAAAAAGUCCUGCCCGGUGCUGCAGUGUCCGGCCUCGAAGCAGAUCCGGCUGCCGGGUGAGUGCUGUGCCCGGUGUAAGGAACGCCGCGAGGAGGUCAAAAUUCCCCAACGGCACUGCAUCAUCGGCAAGGGGGUGCACGUGCACGGCAAGACGUACCAGGCGGACCAGUGCGCGACCUGCGAGUGCCGCAACGGGACGUCGUUCUGCGAGAAGAACACCUGCCCGGUGCUGGAGUGUGCCGUGGCCGACCAGAUCCAGGAGCCGGGCGAGUGCUGCCCGUCGUGUCCGAUGCAGGCGGAGUUUUUCCGAACCACGUGCACGGUUGGUGGGCAGGUUUAUCAGAACGGUGACACGUGGAGCUUGAGUGCGUGUGCUUCGUGUGAGUGCAAGGCUGGCGAAGUUCGCUGUGCGAAAAUUCAGUGCACCAAGCCAAAGUGCAAGCCCAAUGAGACGCUAGUGACCGCGAAGGAUGAGUGCUGUCCGAAGUGUGUGGAAAUCCCGGGCGUUUGCACGGUGUUUGGAGACCCGCACUACAAGACGUUCGACGGGAACUUUUACAGCUUUCAGGGUUCGUGCAAGUAUCAGCUGGUGUCGGACUGUAAGGAGCACACCUUUUCGAUUCGUGUUACCAACGAUGCAAGGUUGACCAAGUCGUCGUCGUGGACCAAGACGGUUACGCUAAAGCUCGGAAAUUUGAAGGUCAAUUUGGGCCAGAAGAUGAGGGUUAAGGUGAACGGGACGAAGGUUGAUCCGCCGUACAAGCUGGGAAGUGUGCUAGAUGUGUACAAAAGUGACGAAGGAACGGAAGUGAUUGUGAGCACGGAGCAAGGAAUCAAGCUCACGUGGGACGGAAAUAACUUUAUCCAGGUGGAAGUUCCUGCUAGUUAUAAGAACAAGCUGUGUGGUUUGUGUGGUAAUUACAACAGCGUUUUCCGGGACGAUUUGUUUUCGCGAACUGGAGUCAACAUGACGAAUAAUGUGUGGAAAUUUGCGCAGUCUUGGGCAGUUGGAGGCGAGAAAGCAUGUACUCGUCCUCGGAAGAAGGAACUGGCCGCUAAGAAUUCGCAGUGUAAAACCAAGAAAUUCUUCACCUUCUGCAAGAUUCUUAAAACGGACAUCUUUGGCGAUUGCAACUCGCAGCUGAAUCCGGAGAACUACUUCGAGUCGUGCAAGUUCGACAUGUGCGAGUGUCCACACAAGCAGUGCUACUGCGACAGCCUGGCCGCGUAUGCCCACGAGUGCAAAAGGCAGGGCAUCCAGCUGAAAAACUGGCGGCGGGACACGAACUGCUAUCCCAACGCGACCAAUUCGCUCAUCUCGCCGUACCACCAUCUGCUGAUGCAACAGCAGCAGCAACCUUCGACGUCACUGGAGAAGGUCAAACAUCUCCAGCAGCAAAACAAUGCGAUAUCUCGACCCAACCAACGGCAUCGAAAGAAAACUCGAAGGCCCAAGCUGGCGAUAGAUCCGACGUCCCGAAGAGCACCACCGCCACUGUUUUCCUAGAUAUUUAUUUUAAAUUGUAAUUUAAACAAAUUCACACACACACACUCACACACAUACAACUUACCAGUUCAGUGAGGAAGCAACGUCAUGUGCAAGUGCAAAUGGGAUUGAAUGAUUGCGAGAGACGAGGGGCACGGGGGAAGUGGACACCUAUUCAUUAAGUUUUUUAGCAACUUUGGACCUUUACUGCGCCAACACGCAUAACUUAUUGCUUUUCUCUUACUCAAGCGCGGGCAGCGUCCGAGGUUUUACUACUAUUAUUUUUGACAAAUAUAGGCCAAACCAAGCAAAUCUAUGAUCGAAACUCACUACCCUAGUAGACGUAAUAACUUAAAUUGAUUGUGUAAAUAUAGUUUUAGAUGCCAAUCUCAUCCUUGUUUAGGGCGCUAAGUUUUAAAGGAUAUUUUGUACAUUUUUUAGUUUUAUUCGUAGAGCGGUUCUAUUUACUUACAAACAAUCGUAUCGUUGUACAGUUUUAAUUAGGCUUUCAUCAAAUUUCAUCAGUAUUUAUUUUAUUAUUCACCGAACAAGUUAGUUUAAGGAAAACUGUAGAAAUAAAUCAAAAUGUAGCUUUGCAAAAUGCCAAAUUAACCAACAAACCGUCAAAUGCCAGUGAAAACAUGUUUGUUUAAGUUAACCAUCAGGCAAAACGAACGACUAUUUGUGAAAUCACAAACAACCAUGCGUUCCCAUGAAAUCAACCAAGUGCAACUGCCGCCUUCAUAAUGUAUCCAAUCCCGUAAACCACGCGCUUCUGAGACCGUUUGCCGCGAGUGCCGCUGUUUUCUCGGCCAGUUCCAAAGUCCAUAAGUCAAAAUAAUACAUUUUACGAGGGAGGGAGAGGCGCACCAAACAGGUGUUUUGUGUUCCUAGUUAUACCCAUUUGAUUAUGCCUUCGCUUCCUGGGAAAGUGAACUCCUCAACCCCUCAAGCGUCCCUUCUCCAAGCAUGGCGGCACCGACUGUAGGAACAAUAAAAUAUCACCUUGUUGCUACUCUUUUUCACACUUACCUUGGGGCGUGUUGGCGUCAUUGCAGCCGGGAUGGCACCCCCCGUCUGGCACACUUUCUGUGGGGCGGUGCCGAUCUAAACACAUGCUCCCCCCCCACGGCCGUGCGGCGGUGGUUGUUUAGUCUAAACGGUGCGAACUGUUUACCGUCAAUUUAUUGUCCGAUACAACUCGGGGCUCAGAGACGGCGCGCAAUCAGGAUAUCAAAGUGCGAGAGGGAGUAAAUUUGGCCAGCAAAGUGAUUUUAGGCCGAAAGUACAUCUUUUUUGCCUACAACUUGAUUUUACUGGUGAAAUCAACAGUCAAUGUUGCCUUGUCUUGUAAUCAUGUGCAAAGCUAUUUAAAUACCUUGGAAUAGUUUUUUUUCGCUAGGUAUGCUUACUAGAUCUAUGUGUAGGUGGUUGGAAUUCACACGAAAACACACAAUAAUUGGCGGGCUCUAUUGCAAGAUUCCUACUCGGUCCUAGGCGGCCGAAUACCUAUUCUGAUCAAACACCUAUCUUCAGCAUAUGCAGAGUUAUUCGAUAAAAGCUCCAAAAUAACUGUUUCGGCCAUAAACAUACCAGCAACAGCUCAUUGUACUCAGAAAAAUAAGCCUUAUAUUUGUGAACAAAUUUAUAACAAAAUGGCACAAUUUGAAGACCCAAUUAAAGGCUAAGACGUCAAAAAAUAAUGGAAAUAUAAUAUGCGCACUGUCGUACAAAAGGUGUCGAGGUCUGGAAUCACCAAAAACACGUGCACUUUGAAUUAAAAAAAAAAUAGUCAGGGCCGAAUGAUAUUUCUCCAAAGUUUGUAUGGAGGGCACUUCAUCGCUGUUGCAUACAAGCAAAAAUUGCAGGCAAUAUGUGGAAGUAUCGAACAGCACUAAUUCUCCAUACAAACUUUGGAGAAACCCCCAUUCGGCCCUGAACAAAUAUUUUUGAAAAAUUCAAAGUACAUCUGUUAUGUUGUUCGGUGUAAUACAGCACCAGAAUGAUCCUUUGCAUGAUCAAAUGAUGUACUUCGAUAUCAUCUUAACUGCAAAUCUUUUAAUAGCGCUCUAAAAUGCCAACAAAUUCAGCAAAGCUAAGCUAAGAAAAACUCCUAUAUUUCAGACCAGAUCUUUUCUACUAUGAUGAAAGUUAGGGGAAAGUGGGGCAAGUGUAACAAGCUAAGGAAAUGCUCGUUAUAACCCAUUAAUAGGUUAAAAAUCUGUCGGAUUUUAUUAUAAUCAUCUUAUUCUAGGUCUUGACUAAGACUUUGUUA